UCAUCUGUGUGUCGAAUUGUCGAUGUCGCUGUCGAUGGAUGUGCUUUGCUUUCGCUUCUACUAUUUUUAAAAUGAUAUCGAAAUAAUCUAAAUUAAACGUUGGUGAUCAGUGAAAUAAACUACAUACUUCAUUUAUAAUUAAAGUUACAAUUAAUUUAAUUUCCUAAGAGAUUUAACUCAGUUUAUGUGGUCGCGUAGUCAAGUGCCCUACAUUUCAACACUUUUUAUUCAAAUGGAAGAGAGUUGUGUACAUAUAGUGUUUCUGUUUAAGGGAGUGACUUAAUGUUAGGUUUGGGAUGGAAUAUUCGUUUAGGAUAUCGUCAGGUCGGUUAGGCAUUGAUUGAGAAACUCUUGUUAUGUAUACUUUAGUAGAGAUAGCUCUCAGUGUAGGGGUGCUUGUGACUCUCGUUACAGCACUCGCAGUAUGUGUCUGUGGCUGCAAGAAUUCCAAUCAAAAAAGUGAGUUGGUUGGUAUGGCCGGUGUGGUCAAAAUACGUUUUGAUGAGGAGGCCCCGUCUCCGACGCCUACCACUCCGGCCUCUAUCAAGCGGGCGUCAACGCAGAACAGUCAGCGAAGUUUGCCAGAAAUACCACAUCCAGUGGGGAGACCAGACAGCGGCGACACUGCUUCAGAAAUAUAUGCCACUGUGAAUUUGGAUGAAGGUAAUAAAACGGUAGCGACUGCAUCUACGAGCCGGGACCACCCCUACGAACAUGCCUACGCUAAAGUACAGAAUGAAAGCCAUAUUCUUGUUGAAGUAACUACGGACCAAACACCUGAACGAGAAAUUCAAAUCGAUGAGCGGGAAGUGGGGCAAAAUCCAGCAGAAUCGGUGGUAAUAUCGGCGUCGGUGGCGAUAAGUGGGCAACUGCCUUCGAGCCAAGAGCUUCCUUACAUCACGCCGCCCUCUCCUCGACCGAAUACUGACAACACCACACACUUUAGCGGAGAUUCCACUGAUUCAGCAAAGGGUUACACAAGCAUCUCAGUGCGUGAACCACUGAGUAACAUUCGCGCUCAAAGUAGCAAGCCACCAUCACAGCCCCACUAUGCCACCGUAUCUGAUGAUUCCGACGAGAUGUAUGCAGCGAUUGAGGAGGCGAGCGUUGGCGAGGGUUCGGACACGUACGCGCAGAUCGCAACCGAGCCACGUCGUCGGGACCCCACGCCAGACCUACUGCAUACCGACCCCACGCACGUUGCUAGACGAAGUGCGCCUCCGGACGUCGGUGCAUCAACGGCGAAUGCUACGCACUCUAGACAAGCGUCUUCCUCAUCAUGCUCGAAUUCGACGGGUGCGCUGGGCUCCCCGAAGCCAGAGAAGCGUCAGGCCAACUCGCCAUUACCUCCGCCACCGCACGUCGGCUCGCACGGGGCCGCGCAUGUGACGUCACAUGUCACGUCGCACGUCACGUCGCACGUCACGGUGCACGCCGCCGCGCACUCCGCGUCACACGCACCGUCACACAGCGCGGCACACGGCGCGGCACACAGCACGACACACCCCGCGCCGCACGCGACAUCGCACGCCGCGCCGCGACAGCCCGCCAUCGAACAGGCUCUCGCACAGCGACACCAACGGAUGUCUAGCACAGGUGACCUACAUUUCAACCAUGACAAGUUACGACGGAGUCUCAACGAGAAACACCAACGAAACAAUAGUUGCGUAAGCUCAUCUGAUUUCUACGGCUGCAAUUACCCCGUAGAGAAACAUCGCUUUAGUUCUGGGGACUUGAUCAGGCCACUUGUAGCCAGAGAGCUUAACUUUGACAUCGACCAGCGCGAUAGUCAAACUGACAACCUGUACAACUCUAUUGAUGGUCCAGGCUACAGUGACUACUCUUCGGCAGAUGCCAACACCAGUUUGAAUUCAGAUCAUCGCGUAACUGAAAGUCCUUCACGCAAUGUUGAGGAAAUGUAUGCUAAAGUUAUGAAGAAAGCUAAAGGCAGAACCGAAGAGACCGUAAGGCGUUCAAAAGAUUUCACAGGAGCUGACGGUGAGCCACACACAUCGAAAUUCCGAGGGGAUGAUCCUGGUUACGAGACCAUCGAUCGGAAAAAGUCAAUAAACCAUGGAUAUGAGACUAUCGCGCAUAAAGAGCGGAAAUCAUCACAGAGUCAAGAUCCAGGAUACGAAACUGUGAAGGACAUAAACAAAGCAGGUCCUACCUCAAACUUUACAAACAACAAUUUACUGAAGCUGAAUCACCUGGCGAUGGACAGUGGGCCUAAUAGCAUUGUAAGCAGUGACGCGGGGUAUGAGCAUAUUUCUAAGACUGAUAAUAAUGCUUCCGAUUCAGACCCCAACUAUGAAGUGCUGAGGAACCAGCCGCCCACGCCACCUUAUGCAACGAUUGCACCAAACUACAAAGUACAGCCAACAUAUUCCACGGUUAACAAAAAGCCCAAUAAGUACAACAAUUGGCCUGCUAAUAAUAACGAUGAACCCACCUUAGAACCAAAUUACGAGUCGAUGCCGCAUGAUCCCCUAUACAACACUGGUAGUGAAUCGGACCCCAAUUAUGAGUCCGUUCGUCCCAAAGACCCUAAUUAUGAGAGUGUGAGUACGCAAGAUCCGAACUACGAGUCAUUAAGGUGUAAGGAUCCAAAGUACGAGUCGGUUCGAUCGAAAGACUCAAAGUAUGAUUCAGUGCGCUCCAAAAAGGAUCCGAAUUACGAAAGCGUAAAGUACUUUGAGCUGUCAAAGAAAGACCCGCCUUAUGAAAAAGUGAAUAAUGAAGCGUCGGGGAGCGCCAGUGUGGAGAGGUCGGAUUCCGCGGCGGGAUAUGAGAAAAUUAACGUACCAAACAGAAGCGAGCCGAAAAGCAGUAUUAAUAACGGAGGCGACGCCACCGUCAGUGAUUACUUUCAAGUGUAAAUGUGUAAAACAAGAAUAUUAUAUAUGACUUUGUUUAUGAACAAUGUAACAGGAAAUUGAGCUAUUAACAUGAAUAUUUUAUUAACAGUAUUCACGUAGGAUUUUGAGAUUGAGUGCUUUUUAUUUAUUUAUUAAAAUAUUUUAGGGACUGUUUACAGCACCUCAAUGUUAGAUAUAAUAAGUAAUAUCUUCCUUAGGUAUCUGUGAUAUAAUAUGUAUGUUAUAAAAUUUUUGAUUUUUGUUUUUAUUUCCAUAAGAUUUUUAUAUGAGCAUUGAUAGACAUUAUGUUAUUCUGAAGACGAGAAUAAUUUGUUACGAAAUCUCCAUUUAGUAAUGUGUUCAUAAGUGUGAUUAUUUUCUACACUUUGAUAUUAUGCUGAUGAAAUGAAUGCGUGUGUUGUAAAUUGCAUGUACAAAAUGUAGAUUGUACAUAUUUUUUUAAUUUUAGGUAAUUUAUGACUAACUUUAUUAUGAACUCUUUUUUAUUAUAGAGUGGAUUGACUUCGCGUUGGUCACGGUUGUCUUUGGAAGUGUAUAACUCGUUUUAAAUGAAGGAGCAUACAAACGGGUUAAUAAAAAGGUGUCGUAAAAUUAAUUGAAGAUAUCAAACUAACAAUUUUACUAACACUUGAGUUUUCUAAUUUUUUAAGUUUUAAUUUUUAAAUAUCAUUCCAGUCAGUAAUGUGGUGCUUUUAUUUAACCAACGAAUGGUACUCUAAGUUUAAUAUAAACUAAGUAAUAAAUUAACUGAUUUUAACCCUUAAUUUGGCACCGAUAAAAAUAUUCAAAAUAUAUGAAUUUGACAAAUGUAUGGCUUCGGGGGUAUCUUAUAACGUCCUAGAAAAAUGAAAAAAAAAAUCUACAAUAGCCCACUGUUGGGAAAAGUGGUGUCCGUCACAGCGGACAUUGCCAAUUACUGAGAAAUUAAUGGUCAGAUUUAUAUGUUCGCUGAGGCGGACACUGCCAAAUUACGGAAAAUAAAAACCAUAAUUAUUUU